GACUCACAGACAAGAGAUUCUAGUAUAUAAGGCAAUUGUUGAUUCUAGAUUAGGUAUACUUCACAGCAUCCUCUCAAACCAAGCAGUACAAAGCACUUCGCGAAAAUGAAACUCUUCGUCGCGGUUUUCGCUCUGAUUGCCGUAGUGGCAGCCCAGGAACUGUAUACCAGCAAGUUCGACAAUAUCGAUGUAGAUGAAAUCCUCAAAUCUGAUCGACUCUUCAAGAACUACUACCAGUGCCUAAUGGAUGAGGGUCGCUGCACGCCGGAAGGUAACGAACUGAAGAAGAUCCUUCCAGAAGCCCUCGAGACGAACUGUGCCAAGUGUAGCGAGAAGCAACGAGAUGGAGCCAUCAAGGCCUUCGGAUAUCUGAGUGAAAACCGACCGACGGAGUGGAAGACCCUGCGGGACCGCUUCGAUCCUGAGGGCAAAUACAUCGAGCAGUACCGCGAGGAAGCCGAGAAGAAUGGAAUCAAAUUCUAGAGACCUGAUUAGCUGUACAACUAAGACCAUCUUGAGCGCAAGAUGGUUGAUUUAUUGCACACAUGUUCAAACGGUUCGAUCGCAUUUGCUCGACAAUAGCCACGCUGUGAUUCAGUCAGUUCCUCGAAACCAUAAUCUGCAAUAAAUGAUUAUUAAUUAAUUUUACGUACAAAAAAA